CCGCCGGCGCUCGCCAUGACUGCCGGAGCCGCGGUCGCCGCCCGCCGCCUCCUCCUCCUUCGCCACCCCCGCCACUCCCACCUCCUUCCCAAGCACCAAUUCUCUUCGUCCGCCGCGGCCGACGGUCUGGACGGUGGGGACGGCGGCCGCGUCAAGAUCUUCGACCGCGACCUGAAGCGCCGGCACCGGGACCGAGCGGCGUGGGCGAUGCGGGAGAACGACGCGCUGUUGGAUGCCGUCGCCGAUAACCUCCUCGAUCGCCUUGAGGACUGCAGGAAGGCGUUCCCCUCAGCGCUCUGCAUGGGCGGCGCAGCCGGCGCCGUCCGCCGGUUGCUCCGCGGCCGUGGUGGAAUUGAGAAAUUAACCAUGAUGGACAUGUCGGAAGACAUGGUGAAGAAGUGGCGGGAGUUGGAGAAUGCUGCUGAGGACGGCCUCGAGACAAACUUCAUCGUUGGAGACGAAGAGUAUCUUCCAAUCAAAGAAAACUCUCAGGAUUUGAUAAUGAGCUGUCUUGGGCUUCAUUGGACCAAUGAUCUACCUGGAGCAAUGAUACAGUGUAGGUUGGCGUUGAAGCCUGAUGGCCUUUUUCUUGCAGCGAUUCUUGGUGGAGAGACUCUGAAGGAACUAAGAAUUGCAUGCACUAUUGCUCAAAUGGAACGCGAGGGAGGCAUCAGUCCUCGAAUGUCCCCUUUAGCACAAGUCCGUGAUGCAGGAAAUCUUUUGUCAAGGGCAGGCUUCGCCCUUCCUGGUGUUGAUGUAGAUCGGUAUACAGUCAAGUACAAUAGUGCUCUGGAACUUGUGGAACAUCUUAGAGCAAUGGCAGAAACGAAUGCUCUCUUCCAAAGAAGCCCUAUAUUAAAGAGAGAUACAGCACUGGCUACUGCAGCCAUAUACCAGUCAAUGUUUGGGUUAGAAGAUGGAACCAUUCCAGCUACCUUUCAGGUAAUUUACAUGACUGGCUGGAAGGAGCAUUCAUCGCAGCAAAAAGCUAAGAGAAGGGGUUCUGCGACUGUAUCAUUUAGUGACAUAAGGAAAGAAUUUGGUUCCAACCAAGAGUGAACUUCUAGCAAAUGCCUUUAUUUAAAAAGUCUCUCUCCGAAGAUGGAAAAGAAAACCCCUAGUGCCUCACAGUAUAACCUCGGGUUUCCGAUGCAUUCUGAUUUGCAGAAAGCAAGUGUGCUUUGUUGGUUGCCACCAAAAUCCUCUGAAGAAUCCCUUGUUACAUCGUUCUUCACGAUCAUCCUGUAAUAUUUUCAGUGUCUCUUUGAGUGGCAGUCCCGACUUUAAUGGACUGUUUGGACCAUGAACCUAGCCUACCGGUGACGUGUUCACAAUGUUGUAACAACUGUUCUGGUUGACCCAUUGUAAAUUCGAAGGAACUCUGUUAUUAAACUUGUCAUGUCAAUAAAUAUAACUUGCCCAUUUU